GUUGUCUUUUCAAUUCAUUUAUCUGCAGGAAUGAUUGCGACUAUCAGUCUAGAGCUCACCGCCUGACUGAGGAGGUGAAAGUUGCGCCACAGGAAGAUAAACCGCAAAAGACAAUAUUGCAUGUAUACAUGGUUCUGCGUGUGCAUCGGAUGCGCGCUAUAGGGGAAUUCCUCGCGUCCUAGAAAGUAAACAGGGAAAAUCGGUGGAUUGGAGAGUUUGCUCAGUCGAGUGAGGUCCAAGAGAUAGAGAGAGGGGGAGGAAGAAUAUCUGCGCGUGAUUUUGUGAUUUCUGCUCUCAGUCGUCUCGGCGAGUCUAGACUGAAGAUGCUCUUGGACGCAGGACCGCAGUAUCCCACCAUAGGAGUCACUACUUUCGGCUCCUCGCGGCAUCACUCAACAGGCGAAGUCACAGAGAGAGAAGUGGCGUUGGGGAUCAAUCCGUUCGCGGAUGGGAUGGGCGCCUUCAAAAUAAACCACAGCUCCCACGACAUCGGAUCCGGACAAACGGCGUUUUCCUCCCAGGCGCCCGGCUACGCGGCGGCCGCCCUGGGACACCACCACCAUCCGACCCACGUUGGCUCUUACUCCACGGCGGCUUUCAACUCCACCAGGGACUUUCUCUUCAGAAAUCGGGGAUUCGGGGACGCCACCGGCGCGCAGCACAGUUUGUUCGCCUCCGGAAGUUUCGCAGGGCCACAUGGACACUCAGAUGCGGCGGGGCACCUGCUCUUCCCGGGGCUCCACGAGCAAGCGGCGAGCCAUGCGUCUUCCAACGUGGUCAACAGCCAGAUGCGGCUGGGCUUCUCGGGGGACAUGUACGGACGGGCCGACCAGUACGGCCACGUUACGAGCCCGCGGUCCGACCACUACGCGUCGACCCAGCUGCACGGCUACGGCCCCAUGAACAUGAAUAUGGCCGCACACCACGGAGCAGGGGCCUUCUUUCGAUACAUGCGGCAGCCGAUCAAGCAAGAGCUCAUCUGCAAGUGGGUCGAGCCGGAGCAGCUGACGAACCCCAAAAAGUCGUGCAACAAAACUUUUAGCACGAUGCACGAGCUGGUGACCCAUCUGACGGUGGAGCAUGUGGGGGGACCGGAGCAGACCAACCACAUCUGCUUCUGGGAGGAGUGCGCCCGAGAAGGGAAGCCGUUCAAAGCCAAAUACAAACUUGUGAAUCAUAUCAGAGUACACACCGGAGAAAAGCCCUUUCCGUGUCCGUUCCCGGGCUGUGGCAAAGUGUUCGCCCGAUCGGAAAAUCUAAAAAUUCACAAAAGGACUCACACCGGUGAGAAGCCGUUUAAGUGUGAGUUUGAAGGCUGCGACAGGCGGUUCGCGAACAGCAGCGACCGCAAGAAACACAUGCACGUCCACACGUCGGACAAACCGUAUCUGUGCAAAAUGUGCGACAAGUCCUACACACACCCCAGCUCCCUCCGAAAACACAUGAAGGUCCACGAAUCCACCAAUCCGGGACCGCAGCCAUCUCCGGCGGCCAGUUCGGGGUACGAGUCGUCCACACCUCCCACCAUAGUAUCGCCGUCCACAGAGAACCAGAGCAGCAGCUCCAUAUCACCAGCAGCCUCAGCAGUACACCACACGACCAGCCACAGCACGCUGUCGUCAAAUUUCAAUGAAUGGUACGUGUAAAAAAAAAAAAGAAAAAGAAAAAGAAAAAUAUUUUUGAACAGCAAAACAAAAAAAUGAAUGAGGAAAAAGAAAGACAUUUAAAAAAAGAGGAGAGGAAAAAAACUGCUUGGAAAAUCAAAGACUUUAUAAAAAAAAAAGAAAAAAAAAAAGUCAGCCAGUGAGACGUGGACUGAGAAAACACGGGAGGCCCGAACGAUCAAUUAAAGGCUGUCUUUUAAAGUCAAUGAGAGAGAAUGCAUGGACAAAAAGGAGGCGAGGACAACCACCGAGUUUAACUUUCUCCCCCUCUCCUCUCCUCCUCUCCUCUCUCCACACACACACACACACACACACACACCCUCUCUCGAUAUUUCUCUCUUUUUUUUUUUAAAUUUUUACUCAGAGACUUUUUUUUUUUCCUCUUCCAAAAAAAAAAAAGAGAGAUCUCAUAACGCAUGCUAUCUGCGGGGGAGGGUGAGGGGAGGGAGGGGGGCUGACAUUGUUUCUUUUUGUACAUAAGGAUUUCAACCACGCUGUGUGGUGGUGGAGGAGGUGGAGAUGGUGCUGGUGCUGGUGGUGGAGGAGAGGAGGAGGAGGGAGGAGGUGAAGAAAAAAUGUAAUAUUUUAUUUUGUAAAUAGUUCUAUCACAGUUUAAGGGAAGAAUUUGUGACAAAUGUUGGUCCCUAGAUAUAUGGAAAAAUGAGAUGGUUUUAAAGAAUAUUUGCGAUGAAUAGACUUCAUUGAACAGAAUGUUAUAGUUGUGAACCAAAUGUGAAUUAUUCAGUAUUACUACAAGUCUCUCUACACGUCGAACCUAACCGACUCUUAGUAUUAAUGUGCUUUUUGUAGCCUUAUUCAGUGCAACAACAUUUUUCGUCCAAGGUCCAGUUUGAGUAGCACAGUAUUCAUUGUUGUUAUUUAAUGUCAUGUCCGAUAAAAAAAAAUCGUGUAGUGAAAGCCUGAAAAAAAAAUUCCGUGUCAAUCUGUUUAUGUACGUGAUAUAAAUAUAAACAAACAAACAAAAAAAAA